AUGACUUCACAUCUCAAAGAUUCAAACAUUCUUCGAACAGGAAGCUGCAAAAGUACAGAAGCUCAUUACCAGUCAUGCUGUGAGGAUAAAUUCAUUCAAAUACUUCAGCAGAAUUUUGGGUUUCCUUCUGAAGUGUCAUCACAACUACCACAAUGCAGUUGCGAGCCCUUUCGAGCUGACAUCCCCGAUGCUUUGAGAGAAUGCAUAAUUGUAUCCAUGGACCUCGAGAUGAGCAAGGACCAAACACAGCUCAGUGAAAUCGGUAUCUGUACGCUGGAUACUAGAGACCGUCAAGAUUUCAAGCAAAAGUCGACGUCUGACACGAAUAAGGUCCUGUCGACAUAUAGCUUUGGACUCCAUCGUUACAAAACAAUCAGCAAAAGAUUCCGAUAUGGCGAGGCCGAAUACACGGAAGAGAAUAAGUUAAGGAUUUGCUUCAACGGGUCUUGCGAACUGGAAGCCCUUUCCCCAAGUCAACAGAGUCUCGUCAAGUGA